AUGAGCCACCCGCAACACUCGAACAGCGGCAACGACGACGCACCGGAGCUCUCCACGAGACUCCCUCCCGCACGGACAUCCGAGCGAGGAUCUGGAUCUGGCUUGACGCCGAUUCAGAGCCGUCCGCUCGACCACCUCCAGAGCCAUAUUCGACCAUCACCGCAGCUCAGGACACAGCUCUCACCCACCGCAUCCACAUCUACACCCCACUACAAUAUCGCUGCUGUUGCCGCGAAUCAGCACAUCCGCAGCCGACAGUCAUCCGUCUCAUCGACCAAUUCCUUGAACUGGGGAGACCACGCGACUGCGCCAGCAACAGCGUCGACAUCUAACAGCAACCCAUUCCUCGCCAGCACACGCUCGCGAACGCUCGCGUCCUCAGGCAGCCCUCGCCUUGCGGCCUCACUCACGAGCUUGUCGUCUGGAGGUGGCAGCACCGGCGGAGGGCCGACCAGAUUCCCGCGGCAUUCACCUGCCAUCUCACUCUCCACCAGCGUCGCCUCACCCGUAUCCUCACCACGCAGCGCUAGUGCAUCAUCUUCACAGAUCAGCAGUCUGCUCGUCACCCAACUGAACAUCCUCCUGAGUACGCUGAAGGACGACUCAGACCGAGGGAAGUGGACGGCGCAGGCGGACAAGGUUAGGAAACUGGUCGAUGACAGCGGCAUGGAUUCGAGCAUAUACCUCCGACGUCUGCUGCAAGGCAGCGCGUCGCAGAUCUUCCCCAAUGCGCGUGCUGCGCCAGCCGGACAGGACAAUGCCGGAAGCUACCAGCUGUUCAGUGAGGAGAUGAUGAAGAUAGCAAAGGAGCCACAGCAAGCCGAAAAAAUUGCACAGGCAUUGGACACGAACGAGGGCGAGCUGUUCCGAGACUUUGACUUACCACAACUCAUCAGCCACUUCAAGCUUGAUGCACUCAGUCAGAUAGCACUAGCACUUGCGUGCAGGACGGCUUUGAAGGCUGAUCUAAGGGCAAAAGCGGACAAACAUAUCGCGACCACCUGGCCGCUCUUCCUCCAAUACGUCUCGCAGCCACAGUCCGCCGAUCCCGAUUCCGACUAUUCACCUUUAGUACUGGCGACGAUUGUCGAGCGCACCGUCCUCGAGCCACCGGAGAAGUUGGAGGACGAGAAGCGCGACAAUCUCUUCCUCGCGAUCAAAUUACGUUACAUCAAUCACCUCCGUACACGAAUACCAGUCGCCGUCGAGUCGGCCAUGUUCCUCGAUGAGCUCUUCGCGUCUCAGGACUCGCGUCUGGCCAAAGUCGUGCAGAGAGCGGGACCACGCAGUACGAGCAGCAUUGAAAUGUGCAGAGACAUGCUGGCGGGCGUCGAGACGCGUGACAUAUCAUACAACCAGGUCGCGAGCGCCCUCCUGUUCAUGGUCAUCGUUCAGGGCGGAGACCUCUAUGAUGCUGGCAUCUUCGUGGAUGCACUGCGACUACACCGGGCAGGAGCCAAGAUCGACUGGACGGAUGUGGUGCAAGGUUUCGACAGAGAAAACCUGAGGGUCACGAAGAAGCAGUUCCUAGCGCUGUACAAUGCGCUGCUGCCGCUUGCAAAAGAGUACAGCAAUUUGGACAUCCAAUUGAUGUGGGGAGGCCAAUGGCAGUAUGAGGAAACACAACUGAGCUUCGUGGUCGCAUUCUUGGCCACUACACCGGAAGAGUUGGACGUUGGUCAGAUACCGAACCUCCGGCAGUGCUUCGAGCUCACCGAGUUUGCGACCGCAUCACAGAGCGUCAAGGACUUUGCAGAGCAGGCGCUCAGGCAUCCUCUGGUGUCGCGAGACGCUACGCAGGCGUUGUUCUCCAUGAUAUUCCGCUCGCAGGAAAGCUACAGCGUGGCUCAGAUGCUUGGCAUACCGGAUACCGUUAUCAACCAGAACAUGCCCGUGUUCGUCUGCGCAGCGUCGGCUAUCCCCAAACCAUGGGCACCCCUGCAGGACCAGGCGCUCAAGCAGCUCCUCUUUCCGUUCGUACUCAAGCGACAUGAGAACUACGACUUCGUGAUGCAUGCGCUAUGGCAGCACGACAAGACUUGGUUAGCUGGUAAACUGGUCGAGUUCUACGCGCAGGAGCUUAACUUGCUACGGCCGAUCUACGAGCACGCCCAAGAGCAUAGCUGGCUGGCCGAUCUUCUGACACUGCACAACCAUUUUGCCAUCGAUCUGGCUGCCUACGCGCACGGUAUGGGCCACUGUGAUUUGGAAGAGUGGGCGCAACAACUGAUCGCUGGCAUGAAUCCUCUGGAAUUCGUACGAGCCUUGUACAGCUUUCUCAAGAUGAAGAUGGACGAUGAAAACAACGUUCAGCGUGAGCACCUACAGCCUACGAUGACCUCGUUAACCAUCAAGACUGUGCACACACUGCUUUUGCUCAUCUCGGAGAAUGUGCCGGACGACACGAUCGGGACCUUGCUGAAACAGUGCCUUCAAACGUGGCCGCGACUGUUCAAUUAUGGCGAAGAUGAUGCGCGCAACGAGAUCAUUGAGACUCUGUGUCAGCAAGGUCACGCACUGCCCGAGAGCGCCACGAAGGAGAUGGAAGAUCGCUACAAGCUCAUGUACAGUGGGACUACUACUCCUGACGACGUCGUGACCGAGCUUAACAGACUCAAAACAUCAGAGGACCCAAACGAGCAAGACCUGUUUGCUGCUAUGCUGUUUGGGUUGUUCGAAGAGUACAGCUGUUUUGGGGAGUAUCCCAACGAGGCGCUAGCUGUUACCGCGGUCUUGUUUGGCGGUCUCAUCGCUCGGAAUGUGCUGUUCGGCAUCGCUGAGCAAGCUGCCAUCUUCAUGAUGGUAGAAGCAGCCUCAGAGUCUACCCAGGAGGACCCUAUGUACAAGUUCGGCUUGCAAGCACUGAUCCACUGCAUUCCGAGACUGAAAGAAUGGCCGCUACUCGCGGAACGGAUCUUUCACACUCCCAACCUCCGCAGCACACAAGUCUGGACCGCUGCUGAGGCAGUUGUCAAGAAGAUGCAGCACGAAAAUCUGGGCAUGAACGGCGAUGGCGCGAAUGGCAUCACUAAUGGAGUUGUCGAUGACGACUUCUCUGCAGAAGCUGCCAUACCUGCGUUCACGGCGAUUCAGGUCGACCCGCCGUUACGCGAGAGCUUCUACGAGGACCCGAACGAAGACAUCUCCGACAAGGUGACUUUCGUGCUCAACAACGUUUCCAAGCGCAACCUGGAAGAGAAGUUUAAGGAAAUCGAAUCAGCGCUCGAGGAUAAGUACCACUCGUGGUUCGCUCACUAUCUCGUGGAGGAGCUCGCGAAAUCGCAGCCCAACUUUCAGUCUUUAUAUCUCAGCGUGUUGGACAAAUUCAACCAGAAGCCACUGUGGGCGGAAGUCCUGCGAGAGACCUACAUGAGCUGUCAGAAGAUGAUCAACGCGCAGUCAACGAUGGACAACCAGCACGAGCGAGCGACCUUGAAGAAUCUUGCCGUGUGGCUGGGCUCAAUCACCUUGGCUCGGAACCAGCCGAUACUACACCGAAACCUAUCCUUCAAAGAGCUGCUGCUCGAAGGAUACGACACUCAGCGACAACUCGUCGCUAUCCCCUUUACCUGCAAGACCCUCGUCCAAGCGGCGCAUUCCAAGGUGUUUCGACCCCCUAAUCCAUGGAUUGUGGAGAUUCUCAGCAUACUUGCCGAACUUUACCACGCCACGGACCUCAAGCUUAAUUUGAAGUUCGAGAUCGAAAUGUUGUUCCGCGAGUUUCAGCUGGAGAUGAAUGAGAUUCCGAUGUCUGAGGCCAUCCGGUCUCGGCCUCUGCUCGAUUUAGCGAUGAUGAAUUACGUACCCGAUGGACCAGACGCCUUUGGUGACAUGGCACUCAUGGGCCUCUCCAAGCGUGGUCCCAACGAGCGCUUCUCGCCUGAUGCAGUAAUUCAAGCAGUCCCCGAUCUCGGCGGGAUGCUCCAGAUUCCUCAAGCUGUUGGAGCCAUCACUCAACAGCAGAUGCGCAGCAUAUUCGUUAACGCCGCGCAGCAAGCGAUCUAUGAAAUCAUUGCACCUGUCGUGGAACGCUCAGUCACGAUAGCUUCGAUCUCCACCUCAGAGCUGAUUCAGAAGGACUUCAACACCGAAGGUGACGUCGACAAGAUGCGGAAUUCUGCCCACACCAUGGUGAGGGCGCUCUCUGGCAGUUUGGCCUUGGUUACUUGCAAAGAACCACUCCGCAUGAGCAUCACAAAUAACAUCCGGCUUCUAGCGGCAAGGUCUCUGCCUGAGCAGCUGCCUGAAGGACAAAUCCUCAUGUUUGUGAACGACAACAUCGAUACUGUCUGCAGUCUAGUCGAGCGUGCGGCCGAGGAGCACUCGCUGGCUGAGAUCAAUCUCCAGCUCCAGCAAGCCUUUGAGGAUCGCAGACAGCACAACGAGCAGCGACCGAACGAGCCGUUCUCUCAGCAGUCUGUAAGUCGCUGGGCAACCCUCAUACCGGAUCCUUACCGACAGGACCAAAAUGGUCUCAAUCGCCAGCAAUUGGCUCUUUACGAGGAAUUUGGACGCGUCGCUAGAUUGACACCUGCGGUGCACGCCAACAGCAUCUCACAGGACAGUAGUCGCCAAUUGCCCGACGUGCUACCUGAGAACUAUCUGCCAAGCCUGCAGACCCCAGCAGAGGCUCCUGCAAUGCCACGACCAACACAGCAAAGAACCAUUGGUCCUGCCGUCAAUGGCUACAUGGACAAUCCCAACAUCGGCCAGCGCAUCAUGGAGCUCAUAGAAGAGCUGCAGCAGACUUCCAGAGAAGCUCCAGAGGAACACAUCAGCGAGAUUGGAGAAGGCGCGCCGAUCCGACGAGUGUAUGGGGAACUUGUCGGCCUCAUAGAACGAGCUCCUGGACUCGACGCUCUUGCCGUUAACUCUGGCAUGCAGUGCUUGAACGUGGUGUACAACACUGCACAAAAGCGGCUCGAGGUUGAAGUCUUCGUGCGCUUGCUUACACAAUUAUGCCGCAUGUCCACUGCAGCCGGCAGGAACAUAACCAUGCAGCUCGCCACCGCAGACAAUGAUCACAUGUACAACGCAGCAGCAACUGUCGCGCUGCACAAUGAGGGACUGUUGGAGCUGCAGCACAUCGACACUCAGAUUGCCAAGGGGAUCAAGUCUAAGAGACAUGUUGCUCUGCCAUUUUUGAAGGAAAUUGUGGAUGAGCUCCUGCUCGGGGACAACCCUAUGUCAUUCCGCACAGACUUCGUGCUUACUUAUGAAGCGCUGAGCAACUGGCUUCAUGAAGAGCCAGGUCUCGACCUUGGACGCGAAAUCAUGACCAAGCUUCAGCUUCCAGCCAACCAGGUCAAUGGGAUGCCAAGUCCAGAGUCCGACAGCAACAAGAUCGACCAACAUGAGUACAUCUUCGAAGAGUGGGUGCGCCUGCAGAGAAAGGAUCUGCCGGACCGCACCCACCUCGCUUUCAUGCAGCAGAUUCAUAAUCGAGGCGUGAUCGCGCACGAAGAGGAGGCCAUCAAAUUCUUCCGUGCCUGCUUGGACAUGUCGUGCGCUGAGUAUGACAGGAUCAGUGCCGUGCCAUACGCCACUUUGGACCAAGCUUACGUUCACAUCGAUGCGCUGGCCAAGCUGAUCGCUAUGAUGGUCAUCUUCCAGAGCACCAGCGACGGCGAGCCGCAAGCGAACAAGGCGAAGCCGUUCGCAGCUCUUAUUCGCCUGGUCAUCUUGAUCAUGAACGACCACCACAGGAGGUACCGUGAACGCUUCAAUGGCAGGGUCUACUUCCGGCUGUUCUCAACAUUCCUGUGCGAGGUUCAUGGAUAUCGCCAGCAGUUGACCAUCGAGCAGUCGCAGGCCAUCUUUGGCGAGUUCGCCAACGCGCUGCAAGUACUGCAGCCAAGAUACUUCCCAGGCUUUAUGCAUGGUUGGCUGUCGCUGCUCGGACACCGCUUGUUCCUCGGCCAUUUCCUGGACGGUCAAGGCCGUACCAACGGAGGAUGGGACACAUACACCAGACUUGUGCACAUCCUGCUGGUCAACCUUGGAGAUCUGCUGUCCAUGUCAGAUGUUCCGGCUGUCGUGCUGGAUUACUACAGAGGUGUGAUCCGCUUCUUCCUCAUGCUGCACCACGACUUCCCAGAAUUCUUGAUCGAGAACCACAUGCAAUUGGAUGCCAGUAUUCCCGUGCAAUGUGUGCAACUGCUCAACAUCGUCAACAGUGCAACACCGCGCACUGUUUACAACGAUCAGCCAGACCCAUUCACGCCAGGCCUCAAGAUCAACAGACUGGAACAAGUCCGUCAGGCACCAGCCGUACACUCCACCAUGAGCAACGUGCUGGAUGAAGCGGGCAUCAGAACAGCUAUCGACCGCAUCUGCGAAGGAGGCGAUAUCAGCGAGCAAGACUUCGGAACCAUCGUGUCUGCCGUUGACCGAUCAGACGGCCAGACGAGCGCCAUCCUCGUUAACGCGCUCGUUCUCUACGUCGGCGUCCACGCCACGUCCGCAUCCUCGGUCUUCUCCUCCGCAGCUGCACCAGCACGACUUCUCGAACGACUUCUACGUGAAUCUCGCGAGCAGGCUCGCUAUUACUUGAUCACCGCGAUGGCCAACCAGGUGAGGUACAUCAACGCCCACACACAUUACUUCUCCACAGCUUUACAGCACAUGUUCAGCAUCGGUUCCCCAGAACUCCAGGAGCAGAUCAUGCGCCUGCUGUGCGAGCGCGCCGUACCUCGACCACACCCCUGGGGCAUCAUUGUCAUGCUCCUCGAGAUGAUGAAGAACCAGACCUACGACCUCUGGAACCUGCCGUUCAUGAAGGCUGCGCCGCAGGUCGAGCACAUGCUUGUGGGACUUGCUCACAGGCAGGAUCAUGGAUGGAGUGGGGUGAUGUAG